GAUAAACCACAGGGGCAAAACUGGGAUAUAUGAAAACUUAAAACCCUAGCCCUAUAAACUGGCCCGCUUAUUAAUCCAUCUUUGUCAUCGCCACGCUAUUCCCUCGCUUUACUCCGAUUUCACCUCUUCUCUCCAAAGUCUAGUUGAUUCACACGAUAUGAAGGUAGUGGCAGCCUAUUUGCUCGCCGUUCUGGGAGGAAAUGCUACCCCUUCCGCCGGUGAUUUGAAGGAUAUUCUUUCAUCUGUUGGAGCAGAAGCUGAUGAUGAUAGGAUUGAGCUUCUUUUGACACAAGUUAAGAACAAAGAUAUUACAGAGCUCAUUGCAGCUGGACGUGAGAAGUUGGCGUCUGUACCUGCUGGGGGUGGUGCUGUUGCAGUUGCUGCAUCUACAGCUGGUGGAGGUGGUGGGGCUGCUGCUCCAGCUGCAGCUGAGCCCAAGAAAGAGGAAAAAGUGGAGGAGAAAGAGGAAUCAGAUGAUGAUAUGGGCUUCAGUCUAUUUGACUAGAAGGUUAUGGUGUCUCUAUGAAACUUCUGGUUCGCACGUCCCUCCCCUUGGGGCUCUUGAUUUGCGUUUUCCGGAGAGACUGUUUUUUCAUUGUUUAUUUCCCGUUUUUCUGUGUUUAUCUAGUAGAGGAAGUUUUGAGAAUCUAAAAGCAUUUCAACCAGCCACACUGAACAGCUGCAUUGAAGUUUUAUCAAUAGAUACAAGUUUUUCUAUUACGUCAGAAAUCAUUUAGUUCGCACGAAGUGGUGGUGUUAUUUCUGUCAGCCCUUUUUCGUCUUCUUUUUUAAUCAAUAGUCAAAGUCAAGAUCUAUAUUUAUGUAAUACUUCAGGGGCAUGUUUAUUUGGGUGAUUGAGUUGGA